GUGAUCAAGCAGCAGGAGGGAAGAUGAGAGUAAAUGACACCAACAAACCGCUUGCUUCUAAACUGCAGCUAAAAUCAGUAUUAUAUUAAAAAAUAAACAUUAAUACUGAAUUUUCUGCAGAAAUUGAAAUAUUUGAGCACGGACAGUUUCAGUGCGCAUUUAGAGCGCGUGCUGUUUGCUCUCUGAUUCUCAGGCCUGAAGUGUGUAAGGUGAGACGAUGAGCAGGUGUGUGUUGGGGACAGGUGACCGGAAAGAGGUGGCGAUGGAGAGAGCUGUACAGUGGGAGAACUCAGAGCCAGCGCGCGAGGAGAGAACCUGACAGCCAUGAACGGCAAGCAGCAGUACUUCUCCGUGCACGCGCCGGUGCACGAGCCCAAGUACUCCAGCGUGCACACGAGCUCGGAGGCCAUGCGGCGGGUGUGUCUGCCUGCACCGCAGUUGCAGGCCAACAUAUUCGGCGCAUUUGAUGAGAGCCUGUUGGCGCGCGCAGAAGCUCUGGCGGCCGCCGAUCUCGCCAAGCCUCACGCGACACCAUACCACGCCAUGAACGGCGGCGUGUGCGCCACAUCCGCUUCCUCCUCAUCUAUCUCUUCCUCUUCCUCCCAUCAUCAUCACCACCACCAUCAUCAUCAGUUGAGCCAGACGCUGGAGGGCGAGCUGCUCGAGCACUUGUCGUCCGCACUGGCCGUUGGCGGCUUGGCACCGAAUCCGUCGGCUUUGGCGCACCAACAUCACCUUCCGGCCGUCGCGUGCCACCUGCACCAGGCCACAGGCCACGCGGGUCUCCCGCACGCGCACUCUCACCCUCACCUUCCCCUGCUUCCCGGCGGUGAUGGAGACUCGGACCCACGCGAGCUCGAAGCGUUCGCAGAGCGCUUCAAACAGCGGCGUAUCAAACUCGGCGUGACGCAGGCAGACGUGGGCUCGGCGCUAGCCAACCUCAAAAUCCCGGGAGUGGGCUCUCUCAGCCAGAGUACGAUCUGCCGGUUCGAGUCUCUCACACUCUCACACAACAACAUGAUUGCGCUACGGCCGGUGUUACAGGCGUGGCUGGACGAGGCCGAGGCGGCGCACCGAGACACGAGCGCGCGCACAGACCUGAUGCUGAACGGUAACGGAGAGCGCAAACGAAAGCGCACAUCCAUCGCAGCGCCGGAGAAGCGCUCACUCGAGGCCUAUUUCGCCAUUCAGCCCCGGCCUUCUUCAGAAAAAAUCGCUGCCAUCGCUGAGAAGCUGGAGCUGAAGAAGAACGUGGUGAGAGUUUGGUUCUGUAACCAGAGACAGAAACAGAAGAGGAUGAAAUAUUCCGCUGCGCACUGACUGAUCAACACUUAUUUACAAGGAACUAUUAAACACUUAAACACACGUGACAGGGAUCUACAAGUUCUGAUCAGGAACCAGGGCACUGAAAGAGUCCUUUUUAUUUUCUUGCUCUAAAUGUAUUUUGCACAGUAAUGUCACAGGACAGCUGCAGCUCUGCAUUUCACUUCUGUGGGUCUUAAAACCAGAAGAUGCCAGUUUUAUUGCGCUUUUCAUUUUAGAGAAGCCUCAAAGGCGAAAGUAGCUUUAACACUAUUUCAGUAUUAUCGCACAGUAUGUCUAGAAGUGUGUGUAAAUAUUUACUAUUAAUGCACCUGUACAUGAGCCGAUGGUAAAGCGCCAGAAACAUUCUUGAAAUUAUAAUGAAAUGUUGGUCAGAACUUCGCAGUUAUCUGAUGGACGUAACUUCCUUCCACACUGAACGGAUUCUGAAAUAAAAUCUGCAGAUCUGCUCGACAGAACGACAGAAAUAAAGCUGCUAUUGAAUCGUAGCCACCUUCACUGACUCGGAGAAAUGUCCUGAGAUUUCACUUGAAAUGUGUGACUGAAUAUUUAAUAAACCAUUUUUUCUAAGCUCUCGUGUCCACACAUAUCUGUAUAAAAAAAUUACAUCCACUAAAGACUGAAAUACCGGUUUAGUGACAACCUUCUGUCUCCUGCA